AAAUCCACGGGAAUCGUGACGACAACCCGCGUAACCCACGCGACUCCGGCGGCCCUUUACUCGCACAGCGCGAGCAGGUAUUGGGAGAGCGACGACAAAAUGCCUCAAAACGCAGCCCUUUGUAAAGACAUCGCCCGACAACUGAUUGAGAACAGACCGGGAAAGGACCUCAAUGUGAUUUUUGGCGGCGGGAGAAGACAUUUCCUGAACGCCACCGAAAGGGAUCCGCAAAGACCUAACGAUUUUGGUCGUCGAGCGGACGGCCGUAACCUAAUUGAUGAGUGGCUUAAAGACAAGAAGGAUAGAGGACUGGAGGCUCAAUACGUGAAGAAUAAGGCAGAGUUAGAGCGACUCAACACUUCGCAUAUCGAUUAUUUGCUCGGUCUAUUCAGUGGUAAUCAUAUGGCCCACGAACUGGACCGGGAGGACGGACCCACCGGCGAGCCGUCAUUAGCCGAGAUGACCACCAAAGCGAUAGAGGUUUUGCGCCACAACCCGAACGGCUAUUUCCUGAUGGUAGAGUCGGGCCGUAUAGAUCACGCGCACCACAUGAACAACGCGAAGAGGGCUUUGGUGGACACUCUGGCGUUGGACGAGGCGGUGUCGGCCGCCGUGAAGAUGACCCACGAGUCGAACACACUGUUGGUGGUGACCGCCGAUCACUCGCAUGUCUUCACGUUUGGCGGGUUCGCCAAAAGAGGAAAUCAUAUAUUAGGCACAGACAGUAAGUUCUCUGAUGUCGAUUCCCUGCCCUACACAACACUGCUCUACGCUAAUGGUCCCGGAUAUACCAGCAAACGCAUCAAUAUUGCCAACAUAGACACCAGUAAGUGCUUAUUCAUACUAUGA